AUGAGCGAGCGGAAUGAAGUUGAAUCUGGUGACGUGGCAACGGAAUAUAAAGAGAAAGAAUGGUGGGAAAUUCACUCGGCCAUUUCUGAUGAAUCCUUCUUUAAAGGCAAAAUCAAGGUGGACAUAGACACUUUGAAAGGCAACUUCUUCGAGAUAUUUUGGGAUAUUGUCAAUGGAAGAGAUGAAGAAAGAAGGUCAAGGGGAAUAGAAGGGGACAAAGAAGACACUAUUUACAUUGAAGGGGUUGAGAUCAAAGGGAUGAGUAACCUCUAUAACAUAAGAAUUGAAAACACCGAUGGAAUCAAGGUUACGUGGAAGAACGGAAAAGUCGAUAAGUUCUCGUUGUGUAAGAAAGGCGACAAAAACGCGCGGCUGAUUGUGCAAGAACAAACCGGAGAGAGUUUUCUCGAUAUUUUAACGUGCGAAGUUUCGUCUUUUGAUUUUGCGAUUGGGGACAACGCUUUAGAGAAACGCCACGUCUCUUUUUAUAAGAAGUGUUUUGUGGAGGAAAUGUACAACGAGAACGACAAGCUUCAAAAAGAUAUGUACAGCAUCGACGAUGUCUUGAACAAUUAUAUUAGAUUUGGGAAGAAUUGCUAUAAGAUAACAAUCGAAAACAUCAAAAUAUACGACUCAAAGAUUGUCGGACACCUCAACGAUUUGUUGAAGUUCUUUUUCUUCGUUGAGCAAGAAGACGUCCAAGAAGAAAUUAAAAGUUUGAAAGUCGAUGGCAAUGGAAUAAGCGAAGACUGUGUUCUUCCGUUUGUCGACAAAAACGAUGUGGUUGUGAAAAACAUCGAUUUCUAUGAUAUCAGUGUCAAAGGAAUUUGUGUGGAACAAAGUGGUACAACCAAUGAAGACAAAAUGGGGACUGUUCAAAUCCUUGCAACAAGCGACUUGUUUGGGAGCGGAGUUAUGUGUAUUCACGUGGAUAUACAAAUUCACCUUGACAGUUUUGAAGUCGAGUCAGACUGUUUUGUUGUUCACAAAAAGUCAAAAAUCAACAAAAAAAUAUUCGACAAUAUCGCAGAUGAUUACAAAAGUAAUUUCUACCGAAACGUGAAAUAUAUCAUUCCACCAGUCAAGCGGUUAAUCACCGGGAAAAUCACUCUUUUGCGAAUUGGAAAAGACGAGGAAACGAAUGAAAUUUCAAACGAAAAAAAUUGUUCGGCGAACAGUGAAAAGGGUGUUUUUGAAGUAUUGAGGGAAUUUAUGGAUUUGAUUGCAUUCUCUGAAGAAGAAAAAAUCAACACGGAAAUUCACUUGACCACUGACAAAAUGAAAUUUUCUUAUGAAAACUUUCACGUUGAAAUGGCAAAUAUCAAAACCAAAAUUUUGAAAGACAAAACUGCAUUUACUCUCCUCUUGUUUCCUAACAAAAUUAAGAUCAACAACCAACUCGAUGUCAAGACAGAAGGCCCUAUCCGCUUUGUUAAAACAAGUUUGUUGGAACAAGUGGAAUUGCCUGUUCUAAAUGUUUCUGCUUGUCUGCAGACGAAGGACGUCAAAAUAAUGCUGUCGACCCUUUUUAUGUCUCUUGAGAAGACACACAAAAAAUCCCGUGACUACACCAAGCGUGACGAGUUCAAAGAAGAAACGAUGGUGUGUUUUGAGAGAGUGGAAAGUGUUGCUGAUAGUAGGGCGUGUGUGUUGUCUCCCUUCCCAGAUGAUAGACUGAAAAUUGUCGACGAGACGUACCGGCUUCUUGGAACGAAACAACUUCAUGUGGAUGAUUUAUUAAAAACGGCUGUGAUCGCAGACACACCAUUAGUGAACAAAAAUCAAAGCAAAGAAAUUAAAGGAGUCGAGGAAACCACCUCGACAAAAGAAAAAAACACUUUGGUGGAGGAAAAAACAUGCGGCAUAGCGAAGAAACAAGAUAAAAGAGUUAUAUUAUUUAAGCGAAUACACGUGGAAGAUAUAACUUUGUCGGAUGCGUUGUUUAACGUGGGCACCAUCGAAACAACCGUUGUGUUGAAAUUUGAUAUCAAAAAUGGAAGGAAGGAAGAGUUUGACGAUGAAAGCGAAACCACUUAUUUUGAAAUUGACGAAUUUCAUUUCUUUGUGAGGAAUUACGACAAAAUCAAAAACGAGAAAACAGAAGACAAUAUUGUUGAAUUCACACAACCAAACAAAAAAGACAGCCAAGUCUCGUUCAAAAAAGUUUCAUACAUCCCCGACCAGUGCACCGAGCCUGUAAAAGAAAUCGACGUUUUUUUCAAUUGUGUUCUUGUCAAAGUGAAUUACAGCUCAGCCAACAUUCGAAUUAUGACAAAAAUUGGUGACCAAAUCAAAUUGGAAAAAUCGCCGUUUCCUCAAAACCACAUUUUCUUGGCAAGGGCGUCGUUUAAAGGAGGGUGUACAGUCGAUAUGAAGUCUUGUACACUUGCAUAUACAAACAUUACACUCUUAAACGAGAAAUUCAAUAUCGAGCCGUUUUAUAAGUACAACAUGAGUGGAUCGUAUAGGGAGGUGUUUGACAUGGUCUUUGCGGAGCUCUUUGUAAAUAAGCCAUAUACAAAGACCAUCCUUGAUAUACUACGAAGUUUGUUGCCGAGCGCCAACAACCCAAUAGUGUCGAAUGUAUCUGGAGCAUCGUCGUCGCUAUUCUCCAAACUUAUCACGAUGUUAUGA